AAGGAGAUUUUAAUUUAACAUUGAAUUACAUUCGUGUGAGUUUAUAAAACACGAAAAUGUUUGGUUUUGUAGUAACUAUUUGUUUGCUUGUAAUAUCUGCACAGGGACAAAUUCCUGUUGAAAGAUGUCCAGAUGUAAAAGGAGUGGAAAAUUUCGAUGGAGAAGCCUAUUUGGGUGAUUGGAUCGAACAAGCAAGAUACCCAACUUUACUGGAAGAUCACGGAGAAUGCGUUGUUACCAAUAUUGCACUAGACCUUAAUGGAGUUGUAAAAAGUCGUACCACAUAUACUAAUAGCGAAACACGCGAAGUACAUGUUCUCGAAGGAGAAGGAGUAUCAAAUUCAACCACAGGAGAAGCCAAAUUUUUAGUACAUUUCCUUAAUCCAGAUGUAACUGUACCUUUUUGGGUUCUUGGUACAGACUAUACAACAUACUCUGUGGGUUUCUCCUGUUUUGAACGAGAUGGUGUUUUCCUAGAGAGUCUCUUCCUCACAACAAGACACCAAUAUGUUACAGAAGACGAUAUAGAUAAUCUUGUCAAAGUUCUAAUAGACAACAAUCUCUCUGUAGAUGAUUUAGUAGUAGAUAGCCAAGAUUACUGCUAUUAUAAAUAAAAUAAAUAUAUUAGAAAUAUGAUUUUCUUAUGUACAAAUUGUAAUAAAUUUUAAUGUUAAUGAA